AUGAAUGCACAGAAUCUCUAUUAUCCACAGUUGUGUUCAUAUGAGAGGACAUACUCCCAGAAACUCAAGUAUGACAUAUACUUCCACAACAAGACCACUCCCGUGGAGGCAAUUAUCCACAAAGUCUUCAUCAAUGAGUCGCGAUGUAAUGGAGAUCUUGAAUUGGUUUCAGUCGGAUAUAUAGAGAAAAGUGUCAAUUCGUUAUCUGGAUUAUCAUUUCUAGAGGUACUGGAGGGGCAUAAUGAAUAUCCCGAGGCGUGCUGUUCAGUGGACGGCAUAACUCAACAAAUUGGACCCAAACUUAUGAUUUUGGCCAAAAUCGAUCCUCAAGUUGUGAUGAGAUCAGUGAUCGUAUUGAGUGUUUUGGUUUUGUUGAUUGUGGGCGCAGUCUAUGGUCAGGAAAACUUCCACCGAUUCUGCGGCGGAAACGAGGACUGCAAACACACCGACAAGAAUAAGCCCGAGGAGUGCUGUUUUCCCGGCAAAUUGAAUGGAUAUAACGAGUGCCAGAAGAACCCCGACCCCGCUAGGGCCAAGUGUGCCCAAACUGUCCCUGUACAUCACUUCAAGUGAUUGCACACACCCUCCACUUACCAAAAAACAACCCGCAUUUGCUGUAUAUUUCAUAAAUUUGUUUUAAAUUAUGUUUAAGAUCU